AGCCGCCAUGCACGCAGUUCUCGGAGGACUUCUCCUCCUCCUCCCGUGCACUUCUGCAUUCCUUCCUUCCACUCCCUCCUCCCUUCUCUCUUCUCGUUCACUCACCCUCAAGUCUGCUGCAGCCAGGCAUGCCUCCCCUUUGCCGCGCCCAUCCCUCGCUGCUCGCCCAUCCCCACGAUUCGCAGCUGCGCUUCGUAUGGCGCAUGGAAAGUGCCGUGCUGAGUACAUCUGGAUCGGAGGUAGAGGAGGAUGCGGAGAUGACUACCGCUCCAAGACCCGUGUGUUGGAUAAGCGUCCAACCUCGGUCUCUGAGCUUCCCCUGUGGAACUACGAUGGAUCGUCGACUGGUCAGGCCCCGGGAGGGGAUUCUGAGAUCUACUUGCAGCCUGCCUUCAUGUGCGCGGAUCCCAUGCGUGGAGGAGACAACAUCCUCGUCCUUUGCGAGAUGAUCGACCCGAAGAACAACCCCAUCCCUACCAGCACCCGCAGUGUGGCUAAGAAGAUCUUUGACCAGGCGCCCGAGGAGGAGCCAUGGUACGGUAUCGAGCAGGAGUACACUCUCUUCCAGGACGGCGUUCCCAUGGGCUGGCCCAAGUCUACUGCUCGUCCCUUUGACAUUCCCAGCCCUCUCAUGCAGUUCGGCUAUCCUGGACCCCAGGGCCCAUACUACUGUGCAGUUGGCCAUGACGUUUCGUUCGGACGCCUCAUCUGCGAGGAGCAUCUCGAGCUUUGCCUCGAAGCCGGCCUUAACGUCGGCGGUAUCAACGGAGAGGUGAUGCCUGGACAGUGGGAGUUCCAGGUUGGUCCCUGCGUCGGCAUCGAGGCUGGCGAUCACCUCCACAUGGCUCGCUUCCUCCUCCAGCGCGUCUGCGAGGAGAACGGAGUGAUUGUCUCCUUUGACCCCAAGCCCAUCCCUGGAAACUGGAACGGAGCUGGAUGCCACACCAACUUCUCUACCAAGAAGAUGCGUGCCGACGGAGGCCUCAAGGUCAUCCUUGAUGCCUGCGAAAAGCUCGGCAAGAACCACGAGAAGCACAUCAGACUCUACGGCGAGGGCAACGAGCGCCGCCUUACCGGAACCUGCGAGACCAACUCCAUCGACAACUUCAAGUACGGAGUUGCUGACCGUGGUGCCUCCAUCCGUAUUCCCCGCUUCACCGAUCGUGACGGCAAGGGCUACAUGGAGGAUCGUCGCCCUGCCUCCAACAUCGAUCCCUAUGUUGUCACUGCUCUCAUCUUUGACACCUGCUGCCUCAAGGGAGACACCACUGCUUUCGAGGCCUACAAGAACAGCAUCCAGUUGUAAGCGGUCGUAGAGCUCGAUUUUGAAUACACUUGCUAAACGUG